UCUUAACUGAUCAACAUGGAUAUAAGGAAUUAUCGAGGAAGUGAGUGCCCAGCAGAUUGAAACUGUCUAAAACUGUGCUGUUAAUGUUGGAUCUGAAUCUGUCAGAAUGCUGAAGAUACAAGACAGCAUAGAUACAGGAUGCCUGUUCCUGCUCAUCUUUUUUACUUUUCACAUCUACUUUGGAAACACUGAGGAUGUAUCGACAGCUGUUUUGACUCUUGAGCCAAACAGAACAACAAUCUUCCAAGGAGAGACUGUCCACCUUAACUGCAGCGUAAAAGGACAGAACAGCUAUGACAGGUGGUACAAAUUGCAGAGAAGGAAUUCUUAUGGCUACUUUACUGAUGUGACUUCAUGGGUUCAGAGAAGCAUAUUUGAGAUUCAUCAUGCAAAAGAUGGUGGGAUCUACCGCUGCAUUGCAGAUAGUCUUCAGAGCAAUGUUCUCAAUCUAACUGUUUCAGGUCUUCCUAAAGCUAAACUAACUGUCGAGCCAGAGGUCUGUGUGUUCAUUGGUGAGACGGUCACUCUGAUUUGUGAGAUAGAGUCUCACCGUGGCUGGACAUACAAGUGGUAUAAAGGCCUAAAUCCCAAUCCGGUGUCUGAGUCUGAAGGAAACACCUUCACCAUCAGUGGAGCUGGUUACUCUGAUGAGGGCCAGUUCUGGUGUCGGGGGGAAAGGAGAGACAGACCCACAGCAUCAGAGACCAGUGGAAUCAUUGUUCUUGUUGUCCAAGGUCUGCCUGUGACAAUGCUAACCGUAGAGCCACAGAGUCCUGUGUUCACUGGAGAAACUGUCACUUUCAAGUGCACAAUAUACCAUUUUGAUGGCUGGACGUAUAAGUGGCACAAAGCCCCCAGUUCAAAUCCUGUGUUUGAGUCAAAUGGAAACACCUUCACCAUCAGAGGAGCUGCUGAAUCUGAUAAGGGCCAGUACUGGUGUCAGGGGGAGAGGAGAGAUAGACCCACAAUAUCAUACCCCAGUGGAUCAGUGAUUCUCAAAGUGAUGGGUUCUCCGCCCAAACCUACACUCUCUCUCAAGGGCUCUGCACCAGUUCUCACUGGAAACUAUGUCUUGCUGACCUGUGAAUUGCAGUCUGCUGGGUGGCUCUUCUACUAUUACAAAACCACACUGGACUCACAGCAUGUUAGUGUGUCUGAAAUAAACUCCUACAGCAUCAACUCUGUUAAAGUAUCUGAUGGAGGACAGUACUGGUGCAGAGCUGGGAGAGGAGACCCAGUCUUCUAUACUCAAUAUAGUGAUGCAUUGUGGGUAAAUGUCACUGAGAGACCAAAAGCUGUUGUGAGUUUGGAGCUUAAUUGGACACAAAUCUUCCGUGGAGAGACAGUCACCCUACGGUGUAACAUCCAGACAGAGGAAAACCAUGACUGGGAGUACAGCUGGUACAGGAAUGGGAUUCUUUGGUCUGUAAAUCAUCUCUAUACUUUCACCGCUACUUAUGUAUCCAAAGACAACUACACAUGCAGGGGACAACAAAAAAACAACCAAAUGGUGUCAGACUUUAGUGAAGCUUUUACUUUGAAUGUGAUUGAAAAACCAAAGCCAGUUCUUAGAGGACCUCCACAGACCUGGCUGACUGAAGGAGACUCAGUGACUCUGAGCUGUGAGGUUAGAGGCUCCACUACAGGCUGGAGAUUCCACUGGUACAGAUAUGUUUCUUUUAGAAACAGAUUACCCACUGUUACAUAUGGAGGCACAACAUACUAUCUAGAGCUUCUCUCUAAUGGUGAGAGAGAAACUGGAGGCUCCUACACUCUCAGCCCUGCUGCUCUUAGACACACAGGGGUUUAUGUGUGCAGAGCAGAGAGAGGAGAGCCAGCCUAUCACACAGAGUUCAGCGAUCCUCAGCCUCUUUUUAUCACAGGUGUUCCUUCAGCCUCCUUGGUGAUUAAACCCAAUAGAACUCAGCACUUCACAGGUGACUCUCUCUCCCUAAGCUGUGAGGUGCAGGGCAACUCUACUGGAUGGAGACUGAGGUGGUUUACCAAGAAACCGGAAAUAUCACAGUGUCCAUAUUCGUGGACAGCAGCAUCGGGUCCUCGAUGUCAUACUGUCUUGUACUCAUAUGACAGCGGCGUGUACUGGUGUCAGUCAGACAACAGCAAGUACAGUCACAUUGUCAACAUAACCGUGCACAAUGGGCCUGUGAUCAUUGACAGCCCUGCCUACCCAGUGACUGAGGGAGAUCCUUUGAGUCUGCGCUGUGUGUAUCGCUCUCAGCCAGCUGACUUCCACGCUAAUUUCUUUAAAGACAGCUUGCCUUUGAAAAACCAUACAAGUGGAGAAAUGACCAUCACUGCUGUCUCAAGGAAGGAUGAGGGCUACUACCAAUGUGACAACACACAAGGAAUAUCACUUACGGCCUAUGUUACAGUUAAAGCCUCAUUCUCAGAGCCUGGGUCCUCCCACGUGCUAGUCGCUGUGUCUGUGGUACUGGUGACUCUCUUAAUUUUGGUUAUCAUGCUGGCCCUGCUGUUUUGCUCCAAAAAAGUCAAGGGUUUGCAUGAUCAUACAACUUUUGCUCAUCAAGAUCAGAGUCUUAAUGACCAAACUCAACACCUGAAUCAGCAAGGAUGUACUCAUCUGGAGAGUGACAUAACACAUGUGUAUGACACAGUCAACAUGCAAAAUGGAGGAGAAGAUGAGGAUACAACAGGAUCUACAACUGAUUUGACAUAUGCUCAACUUGAACUGAAACCGAUAAAAAAUAAGCAGAAAAUCAACAGUGAUGAACAUGUGCCCAGUGAUGUGAUCUACGCUAAGGUUAACAUUACAGCAAGGAAGCCAAAAAAUAAAGGGGAAGAUCAGCCACCAAAUGGCGAUGUGACAUACGCUACAGUCAAUGUUAAAGCAAAGGAGCUUAGUACAAAAGAUCACUGAAGCUGGACCAUCGUGUCAUUCAGGGUUUGAAAACCAGAAGAUUUUGAUGAAUGUCAGCAUUACUUUCAAAAAGUAUAAAGUGUGCCGAAAUGUAAUGCUACCAUGCAUGUUACUUUAAGAGAAGCCACAAAGUAUUGUAAGCACACACACACACAUUCUCUCUCUCUCUCACUCUAUUUCUCUCUCUUACACACACACACACACACACACAUACACAAAACUGAAUAGUUUUGAGAA